UCGUCAGGGUCAGGCAUGGGCGUCGCCACCAACGGCUCGUCCUCCUCCUUCUCGGCGGAGCCCGCGCAGGCGCUCAAGUUCCUCAUCUACGGCCGCACCGGCUGGAUCGGGGGCCUGCUCGGCCAGCUCUGCGCCGCGCGGGGCAUCCCCUUCGCCUACGGCUCCGGGCGCCUCGAGAACCGCGCCCAGCUCGAGGCCGACAUCGACGAGGUCGCGCCCACCCACGUGUUCAAUGCCGCCGGCGUCACCGGCCGCCCCAACGUCGACUGGUGCGAGACCCACCGCGCCGAGACAAUCCGUGCCAACGUCUGCGGCACUCUCACGCUCGCGGACGUCUGCCGCGGCAGGGGGCUCGUGCUCAUCAACUACGCCACGGGCUGCAUCUUCGAGUACGACGCCGGCCACCUGCUCGGCUCAGGGGUCGGGUUCAAGGAGGAGGACAGGCCCAACUUCGUCGGAUCAUUCUACUCCAAAACAAAGGCCAUGGUUGAGGAACUGCUAAAAAACUAUGAAAAUGUAUGUACACUUCGUGUAAGGAUGCCUAUAUCAUCUGAUCUGUCCAACCCUCGCAAUUUCAUCACUAAAAUCACCCGGUAUGAUAAGGUUGUGGAUAUCCCAAAUUCAAUGACAAUAUUGGAUGAGCUUCUUCCUAUCUCAAUCGAAAUGGCAAAGAGAAACCUCACUGGGAUCUGGAAUUUCACUAAUCCUGGUGUGGUGAGCCACAAUGAGAUACUCGAAAUGUAUAGGGAUUACAUUGAUCCGAACUUUUCUUGGAAGAACUUUACUUUGGAGGAGCAAGCGAAGGUCAUAGUUGCACCGAGGAGCAACAAUGAGCUUGAUUGUACCAAACUGAAGACGGAAUUCCCGGAACUUUUGUCAAUCAAGGAUUCACUGAUAAAGUAUGUUUUCAAACCAAACCAGAAGACAUCCAAGGCUUGACAAAUGGAACAGUCCGCACACAACUUUAUGUUGUUGUCAUUAUUUAUUCCAUACAAACUUACAUUUCUCUCCUUGGUGCCAAUAAGCAUGCCUGAUGUUAUUCUGUACCUGUGUGUGUGCAUUAUUAUUGAAGAGGAUAGGUUUAUCAUAGGAAGUCAUACCCCUUGCCAUUUGAUUGAUUACAUAGAACAAGGCAAGGUGCUAUUAAGUUCAACUUUUGUAUGUCUUCUGGAUCGUAUGAAUACCAUGGGAAAUGAACUAAAGUGUGGUGAUCCCUCUGUAUCUUAUAAUUCGAGUACGAUCCGUUUCGCUUUGUAUC